AUGAACCUAAAGAAGCAGCUUCACAGCCUAACCAAAGGUAAUAAGACCCUGAAAUCUUAUUUGACUAAUGUUAAAGCUUUGUUUGCUCAAUUAGCAGAAUCAGGAUACACAGUAUCAGCUGAUGAAAAGAAGCAAGCCAUCUGCAAUGGCUUAAAUCAAAGUUAUGAUCCGAUUGUAACUGCACUCACUACAGUCGAGGGUAUGGACAUAGGUACCUUUUACUCUCAUCUUUUAACCUUUGGUAUGAGGCUAGAGCAACAUCUAGCCUUGUUGCAGCCAUCGUUAGCCAAUGUAGCGAUGACUUCCACAGCAGCCUCUGGUAACAUGCAAGACCAAAGAAGGUUUAUUGGUCAAGGUUCACAGUACCAGCAAAACAGAAAUCGGUCAUUCAGAAGAGGAAACAACAAUUCCUUCCAGCGCAAUAAUCAGCAGCAACCACGGAAUGAGACAGGACCAAAGUGCCAGAUUUGCAAGAAAAUAAAUCAUCUUGCAGAUAGGUGUUGGUUUCGAUAUGAGAAACCCAAUAACAAUCAGCAGAGACAACUAGUUGCUUACAUAGCUCUACCAGAAGGACAACUUGACAAUCAAUGGGUUACAGAUACCGGAGCUACACAUCAUUUGACAGCAGAUAUGAGAAAUUUAACUAUUCCUCAUGAGUAUGAUGGCACUGAACAAGUGCAAGUGGUAAUGCAAAAGAUUGUGAAGAUGAACAACAACAGCAGCAGCAACAAUCUCAUGAUGAGUGCUAAUUCAUCUCCAUUGAUGAACACAUCUUUCAUGAGUAAUACUAGUAGUAAUAGUAGUUGCAUUACGGGAAUUACCACUGAUAAUAUUAUGUUCUUUGAACAAGAAGAAGAAGAUUACUUCUACUCCAGCACUACCACUUCUACAACAACAGAUGCCAAUCUUCUGCCUUACUUCUCCUACUCGUCGACAAAUGAUUAUUACGGUGAUGAACCUACAAUGUUCUCUACGCACUCGUCAGUUGCGCCAAACGAUGGAUUCAUGAACUCUGGUUUUGAAGAUUAUGAGUUCAACAACACCACUGCUCCUGCUUCUACUUACCAUUACCCUAAACGCCAAAGAAUCUCAAACCAACAUCUUUCUAGCACCACUACUACAACUACUACGUUUCAUGCAGAAAAUAGUAUUUCAUUCGUCAACAAUGGUGCUAUGUACUAUCCAAAUUCCUCGAGUAACUUCAAUUACCCAAGUUGUUCUCAUUAUGAUCAUCAAUUUCCAAAACAAUCUUUCUUGUUGCCUUCAGUAACACCUAGUACUACCAGUAAUGCGGGACAGAAUUAUUCUUGUGGUGACUAUAAUGGGAUGAGCAGUACUAAUGCAAAGAAAUCGAAGAGUGGGUAUUUAUCGUCCCAGAGUGUCGCGGCUAGAGAGAGGAGAAGGAAAAUAAGCGAGAAAACUCAACAGCUUGGGAAGUUGAUUCCUGGUGGAAGCAAAAUGAAUACCGCUGAAAUGUUUCAUGCUGCUUAUAAGUAUAUCAAGUUUCUGCGAGCACAAAUUGGUGUACUUGAAUUCAUGGGUUCAAUUCAGGAAAAUAACAAGAUGGAUUGUUUAUCACCAGUUCUAGAAGUCUUAUUGAGAUCAAUAAAAGUCCAAGAGAAGUUGUAUUUAGAGGAAAUGUGUUUGGUCUCCAAAGAGCUGUUUGAUACCUGUGCAGCCCAAACAUAUAUCAGUUCCUAA